UUCAACAUAUAUCUUGAUAAGAUAAAAUACAAAAGAUACACGUUCGUUUAUAAGAUUCUUUAAGCCACGUCAAAAAUAUAGGUACACGCCUCUAACUUUUUAUUAUCACCAUUACAGAAAACCAUGUCUUCGUCGUCCGGGGUAAACCUAGAAGAAUGUCAAAUUCCACUGGAGGAGAUCAUUCGGGCGACAAAACACUUCAGUUCAGAAACUCAGGUCGGAGACGGUGGAUUUGGUAUGGUCUACAAAGGACAAUUAUCUACAGUGGAAACACCGCUUUGUAGCCAUCAAGCGCCUUCAUCCUAAUAGUUGCCAAGGAGACACCGAGUUCAAUAAUGAAGUCAAGAUGGUUUCAAAUUUCAACCAUCCAAACAUCAUCCCAUUCAUCGGUUACUAUAACGAUGCAAAUGAGAAAAUUGUUGUUUACGAGUAUGCUACUAACGGAAGCCUUGAUCAUCACCUCCAAGACCCAAAUAAGAAAGCGUUGCCUAACAUGGGAAAAACGCUUGAAGAUUUGUUUGGGGCAGCAAGAGGAAUAGAGUACCUGCAUGCACUCUGGUGUUGGGGAGCACAUGAGAGUAAUUCAUAGAGAUGUGAAGGGUGCAAAUAUUUUGCUUGAUGAUAAUAUGGAAGCCAAAAUAUGUGAUUUUGGUUUGUCAAGAUUUUGUCCAAGAAAUCAGCCCAAUACCCAUGUUCGUACAAGGGCUUAUGGUACAAGGUUUUACAUUGAUCCGAUUUAUAACGAAAGAGGAAUGCUCACUAAAGAGUCAGACAUAUACUCAUUUGGAGUGGUAGUGUUUGAAAUGUCAAGUGGGAUGAUGGCUUAUCAAGCAAGGCGAUUUGAAGAAACUAAGGAUCAACAAUAUAUGAUCGACAUAGUCCGAAGCUAUUACGACGACGACGAACUAAAACAUGUUUGUGAACUUGACAAGUUAAUAGAUACUGAUAUCAAAGGGAAUAUUUGUGUGAGUUCUUUUCAUAAAUUUAAUGAAAUUGCACAUGAGUGCAUUCAUUUGGACAUAAAGAAACGCCCUACGAUGGAUAGGAUCAUCAAGGCGAUCAAGGAAUCACUUCGUAUUCAAGAGAGCUGGAAAAAGUUUUAUAUGUUGGAUAAACUGAGCAUUCAAAUUGACAAGCAGGAGAGUGGGAAGUUUUUUUAUAUGUUAGGGCCAAAGGAUAUAACCAUUGCAUGGCAAGAAUGUGCUCGAUACUGGCAAUUGGGAUAUAUACUGCAAUCAAGGUUCCCGGAGGUGUGGAUACUUAGAAACGUAUGUUGGCUUGAGAUCCAUGGCAAAAUAGAAGUUGUGAAGCUAUCAGAAAAGAGUACAUAUGUCGCAUAUCUUAUCUUUCAAACUACCGAGAAUUGCAGGGGACUUGAUGUGCCAGCAAAUUCAAGCAUAACUUUUGGUGGGAAAAAAAUGGAGACUGAAAAUGUUUAUCUUCAAAGACCAAAGGCUAGUAAAACAUGCCAAGAAAACUAUGUGGUUCCUCAUAGGAGAAAGGACAAGUGGAUGGAGAUUAAGUUGGGAGAAUUCGAGUACAAGGAAGGAGAUGACGGGGAAAUUGACAUGGCGUUUCUGGAGGUUACCAAUGGAAACCGAAAGAGUGGCCUUAUCGUGGAGGGCAUCGAGAUUCGGCUUAAAUAACUUUGCAAUUACCUUCUUUUAACCAUUAUCUUAUAAUAUUUAUUCAAAUUAUAAAAUGACAAAACUGCAAAAAUGGUCCCUAUGGUAUGCAUUUUUCCUGAGGUUUGGUCCAAACCUCGACUUUUUUGGAUUGAUGGUCCUUUUGGCCUAGUUUCAAUGUGUAUUUGGUCCCUUGGUAAAUUAAAAUGAAUGUAAUGCCCUUCAUGUGUUUAUUUUUCA